CUUCCGGUUCGGCGCGCGGCGCCCGCUGGGGGGGGGAGCGGCGGCGCGAUGGAGUUCCCCGGAGGCAGCGACAAUUACCUGGCCAUCACUGGCACCUCCCACCCCUUCCUGAGCGGGGCUGAGACAUUCCACACCCCCAGCCUCGGCGACGAGGAGUUUGAGAUCCCGCCCAUCCCGCUGGACACCGACCCCUCCCUGGCCGUGGUCGGGACCUUCGAGGAGCUGGGGGAGCCGGGGGGGCCGGGGGGCGAGCAGCCCUUUGGGACAGCGACCUACAGUGGGCUGGAGCUGCCUGUUGGGGGGCUACUGAACAUGGGGAAUCUACAAUGGGCUAGUGAGUGUGGGAAUGGGCUAGUGAACAUCCCUGGGGGGCCGGGGGGCGAGCAGCCCUUUGGGACAGCGAGUUACACUGGGCUGGAGCUGCCUGUUGGGGGGCUACUGAACAUGGAGCUGGAAUCUCAGUUCGCCCCCUCGGCCCCGGUGACCAUCGAGGUUCCAUUGGGGGCUCUGAGCGGGGUCAGGGGUCACAGCUCCCUCACCACCAUCGACCAAUCGGAGCUGAGCUCGCAGCUGGGGCUGGGCCUGGGCUCGGCCCCGCCCCCCGGGCCUGGCCCCGCCCCCUCGGCGCAGGCCCCGCCCAGCCCCGAGCGCGCGCUGGGCUCGCCCGGCCCCUCCCCCGGGGAGUCCCUGCACGAGGAGGAGAUGGACGACUUCAGGAGGGUGACCGUGCCCCCCACCCCUCCCCCAGACCCCCCCAGGCGCCCCAAGCCCCCCAAAAAAGCCAAGAAGAAGAAGGACCCCAACGAGCCGCAGAAGCCGGUGUCGGCCUACGCGCUCUUCUUCCGCGACACCCAGGCGGCCAUCAAGGGGCAGAACCCCAACGCCACCUUCGGGGAGGUGUCCAAGAUCGUGGCCUCCAUGUGGGACUCCCUGGGGGAGGAGCAGAAACAGGUGUACAAACGCAAGACAGAGGCGGCCAAGAAGGAAUACCUGAAAGCUCUCACAGCCUACAAAGCCACUCUGACCUCCUCGGACCCCCCAGACCCCGACCCCUCCCCCCCACCCCCCCCGCCCAGCGCCGCCCCUCCCCCAGCGCAGGACGGGGACGCGGCGGGGGACAUCGUGGUGCCCGAGGUGGAGUCCCCCCCCCAUGUGGAGCUGGUGGCCGAGUCCCCUCCCCCCGCCCCCGCCCCGCCCGCGUCCCCCCCGCGCUGCGUCCGCGCCGGCUGCGCCAACGCCCCGGUGGCCAGCGGGGACUGGGACGAGGAGUUCUGCAGCAGCGAGUGCCUGGUGCGCCACUGCCGGGACGUGUUCCUGGCCUGGCUCGCCGCCCGCGGCUCCGGCGUCGUUUUGUCAAGUGAGGAUCCCGAAUUUGGGGAAUUUUGGGACAUUUUGGACAUUUUGGGGCAUUUUGGGACAAUUUGGGGACUUUUGGGGUGGGGGGAAUUAAAGAAUUCCUGCAGAACAAACAAAAAUUAA